AUGAUGCCUGCGAGUGAGUUGGUCCUAAAAGCAAGUGUCACACAUUGCUUGCAGACAUGGCAUAAGAGGCUGGGGCAUUUAAAUGAAAGAAGUAUAAAAUUGCUUGAGAAUCAAGGGAUGGUUCAUGGCUUACCUCACUUGGAGCAGAAGUCAGUUGUAUGUGAUGGUUGUAUGCUUGGAAAACAGCAUAGGGAUUCUUUCCCUUUGGAAUCCACUUGGAGAGCUUCAAACCCUUUGGGAUUGGUUCACACAGACAUCUGUGGACCAAUGAAAAACAGAAUCAUUAUCUGGAAACAGAUAAAAGGCUUGAGAGUGACAGGGGUGGAGUUUCUAUCUGGAGAAUUCAACAAGUUUUGUGAGGAAUAUGGUAUUCAAAGGCAGCUAACUAUGGCAUAUUCUCCACAGCAAAAUGGAGUGGCCGAGAGGAAGAACAGGACAGUAGUGGAAAUGGCCAAGUCCCAUGUUGCAUGA